AUGGAAUCCAAGACACCUACACGGAAGCCAAGUGGGAAAAGGAUCAAGGCGCGAGUUGCGAUCGCUUGUACCACAUGCCGCGGCCAGCAUCUCCGGUGCGAUGCUGCCAUACCGAUUUGUUCGCGAUGCCACAGCUUGAACAAACCAUGCAUCUACACGGAUCUGCGAGAGACCCGCAGAAGGCGUACUGGAGUCCAGAAUUCAAUACUCGCCAGUAAAACUAAUGAAAUUACAGACAUGGUCGAGAGCAUGGCGCAAGCUGGUCAACCAAAUCCGACUCCUAACGGGCCUUCAUUAACGCCCAAUCAAUCCAGCACUCCAUCCAGCCCUCAAUCUAUCUCUGCUGCAUCAAAUAGCGCUCUGCACCCUACUGUAUUUGCGGAUAAUGACGUUCUCAUAAGUCGGCCGAUUGAUGGAUUUUACAAAUUUUUUUUCCCUAGCCACCCUUUUAUCCUUCCUAGAGUGAACUUGAAACAACAAUUCGAGAGCAAUCCAAAUUUCAGCGGCCAGUUGUUUCUCAUGAUCACAUUCAUCGGCUCGCUAUAUAUUCAUGAUCCACAGUCAAGCGAAUAUAAAACGCAGGCUGAAGAGUCUUUUGAUCUUGCUCUUUCACCUAAUGGCUUCACUGUCCAGGCUCUCCUACUUCUUUCUCUCACUCUGGAAUGGACUGGCGAAAAUGAGAGAGCAGCAGCAGUACUUGAAAGGGCGAAGAAAAUGGGACUAGAAAUAGGAAUGCAACACCGAGACUUUGCUUCUCGCCACGGACGUGGAGAAACAGUAUUAGAAGAAAGCUGGCGACGGACUUGGUGGGAACUCUUUGUCGUGGAUGCAAUGUUUGCUGGGAUCCGCCACCUGCCUACAUUCACACUCUGGGGAAUAGACAAUGAUGUCGACAUUCCUUGCGAAGAAGAGCUGUAUAUUGCAGGAAGGAUCCCAUUCCCGCAAACGAUGCGCGAAUAUGAUGACCGUGGCUUAAACGACGAAAGCUUUUCCUCUUUUGCAUAUCUCAUAGACGCAACUCGGAUACUUGGAACGACGCUGGCUGCUGGUGAUAUUGCCAAUGAAUCGCCUUACUCUCUGGUUAAGAACGCAGAAGCAAAUCUCAUGAGCUGGAAUUUGUAUCUGCCGCAGACGAAACGCGAUCCCGUCCAAAGAGAUGGAACUAUUGAUGAGAUUAUGUUCAAAGCACAUAUGGUGAUGAAUACCACAUCUACUCACUUACAUAGGCCAAGAUCUAUGUUACACUACACCGCGAUGGAGCUUUUAUGCUCGAAAUACGCACCGCCGCUUCCCGGCGAAAUUUGGACCACUGAAACACAGCAUGGCGACAGGCACACGCACAAGGCAAUUGCCGCUGCGAAAAACUUUGUUGACUUGCUGACUGCCUCCUCUUCUCCUUUAACACACAGCCCAUUUGUGAUGUGCAUGGGAUCUUUGGCGAUGGCCACUCUUCUUUCCGCUUAUGAGCAUUUUUUGACGGGCUCUGAGCUGAUACAUGCGAGAGAUCGAGUCCGCGUAUUUCUAGGCAUACUCAAAGCGUUUAUGACAAUAUGGCCACAGGCGCGGCGCUGGUCAGAUGAGAUCAAAUUGAUGGCGCGGGUGGUUCUUGAGCGUCAUGAUGCCUCUGGACAAUUGGACAUUUCUACUCUACAAGCUAUGACGAACAUUGAAGGUGCAUCCCAUAUUGGCGAAAUAUUCGAAGAUGCAGAGGUUUUAGAUAUCGGCAAAAAUUAGGGCGCGGCAAUAGAAGACGUGUAAAGCAUACUCGGGCCAAUGCAUCUACUACGGGCCUUAUAUCAGAAUGACCAUGAUAACAAAGCUGACAAGGCGGUAUGGUAACAGUCUUACUGCUUGUAUGUUACAUGUAAAAACAAGAAAUAAGGGGUGCUAUCAAACCUUGUCC